UUCAGGGCUUAUUUAAGCCGGCCACGCGCACACGCGAGCACAGGCGCGCGCGCGCAACGCAGGCAGCUGCUGAGCAUCCUUAGCAGCAGCAGCAGCAUCGGGCAGCCAGGGAUCCGGUGGGGGAGCAGCAGUAGCCCGAGCCAGACAAAGCAAAGAUGGCAGGGAUCCUCGCUUGGUUCUGGAACGAGAGGUUCUGGCUGCCGCACAAUGUCACCUGGGCGGAUCUGAAGAGCACCGAGGAAGCCACCUUCCCUCAAGUGGAGGACCUCUACCUGGCCUUCCCCCUGGCCUUCUGCAUCUUCAUGAUCCGCAUGGUUUUCGAAAGGUUUAUAGCCAAGCCAUGUGCCUUAGGCCUAAAAGUCCAGGCCAAUGGACCACGGAAAGCUCAGCCUAAUGCUAUUCUUGAAAAAGUCUUCACUGCAAUUACAAAGCAUCCAGACGAGAAGAGGCUCGAAGGGCUUUCCAAGCAACUGGAUUGGGACGUUCGCAGUAUUCAGCGCUGGUUUCGACAGAGACGCAAUCAGGAAAAGCCAAGCACUCUGAGAAGGUUCUGCGAAAGCUUGUGGAGAUUUACAUUUUACCUUUAUAUAUUCACCUAUGGAGCCAGACUCUUGAAAAAGAGUCCCUGGGUGUCGAACACUCGGCUGUGCUGGAUUGGAUACCCACAUCAGCCGCUGAUGCCUGAAAUGCAUUACUACUACGUAGUUCAGCUGUCGUUCUAUUGGUCCUUAAUGUUUUCUCAGUUCAUUGACAUCAAAAGAAAGGACUUUGGCAUCAUGUUUACCCAUCACAUCGUAACAGUCCUUUUGAUAACCCUCUCCUACACAGUCAAUUUCAUCCGAGUGGGGGUCCUGACUAUGUGUCUUCAUGAUGUAGUGGACAUUGUGCUGGAGGCAGCCAAAAUAGCAAACUACUGCAAGUAUCAAAAGUUGUGUGAUUUACUCUUCCUCUCGUUUGCUAUCAUUUUCAUGAUUACAAGGCUUGGAUUGUAUCCUUUAUGGGUAUUGAACACAACAAUAUUUGAACUGCCUGAAGUAGUUGGUGGCUUUCCUUCCUUGACGAUCUUUAUCACUUUACUUCUGGUACUUCAAGUUCUCCACUGUUUUUGGUCCUAUCUAAUAGUAAAGGCAGCCUAUAAAGCAAUUUUGAAAGGCAAGGCUGGGAAGUGGAACCCUUUGCAUUCGAAGGAUGACCGAAGUGACAUUGAGUCUAGUUCAGAUGAAGAGCCCACCACAGCUCCUCAUUCAAAGACCUCCCACAGCUCAGCCACCACUAAUGGGACGAGCGGAACAAACGGGUAUCUCACCGGGGGCAACUCCGCAGAGGAACACUAAUCCCUGGAUUAAACACGGAUACACGAACAAGACGAACUGUUUGCUACUGGAAGUCAAUCGGUUGUGAAUGCUGGGUUUUGUUUUUCGUUUCGUUUUGUCUUUUCUUCCUUCCCUUAUUCUUUUUGUUUCUCAACAUCAGAGAAAAACAAAACACAUGGAGUAUUUAAAGCUUCUGAUAGCG